AUGUUCACCAAUCAGUCUGAAGAUUCUGAAAGAUGCGAAAGCAUGGAGCUGGACAAUAAAAUCCGGGAUCUGAUUGAGAGAAAUGCUUCUCUUGAUCCAAAAGGGGUCUCCCCAGAGGCCACACCAAGUCACAGAAAUUCGUGUUCUCCAAAGACUCCAGAGAAAACAGCUUCCAUAGCACAUUUUGUGCAGGACACAUUGAGAAUGAGUGCUGCAGAAAGUUCUACGGAGCAUGCAGAGUGUUCUCAAUCAUCAAGAAGAAAGAACUUGACAAAUUCUCUUGAACCAAAGAUAAGGUACUUGGAAAAACAGAGAAAAGAGCUCCUGGAAGUUAACCAGCAAUGGUAUCGGCAAUUUAGAAGUAUGAAAGACUUAUAUGAAAGACAGGUCGCGGAGCUGAAAACGAAACUGGACGCCGCCGAAAGAUGCCUCAGCACACAGGAGAGGGAGCGACAUCAGAGUCAGAGAGCGAGCAACCCGCAGCGCCACCCGACCCGGGACCCGCGGCAGCGCGAAGAGAAGGAAAAGGAAAGCUUAAAUGAAGAAUUACACGAAUUGAAGAAAGAGAAUAAGCUGUUGAAGGAAAAAAAUGAUCUCGUGAACAAGAAGAAGGAAUAUUAUGAAUGUGAAAUAAAACGCCUCAAUAAGGCUCUUCAGGAUGCCCUGAAAAUCGAGUGUUCUUCAUUUUCUGAGGACUGUUGGGGGAGGUGUAAAGUGGAGUGCAGCCAUGAGGAGAUGAGAACAGAAAUGGAAGUUCUCAAACAGCAGGUGCAAAUAUACGAAGAAGACUUCAAAAAGGAGCGAUCGGAUCGAGAAAGACUUAAUCAAGAGAAAGAGGAGCUACAGCAAAUUAAUCAAACUUCUCAGUCCCAGUUGAACAGGCUAAAUUCUCAGAUAAAAACUUGUCAGAUGGAGAAAGAAAAACUAGAAAAGCAAUUAAAACAGAUGUGUUUUCCAACCUGCCACUGCAACUUGGUUUUCCCCCUGCGGGAUGCACAGGUAACAACAGGCCUUCGGGCUGUGCAGGAUCAACAGGAGCACACGCCAGACUAUCAGUGGUAUGCUCUUGACCAGCUUCCGCCAGAUGUACAGCACAAGGCAAAUGAAAUCACAGUGACCGAGCGUGAUGCGAGUCUGUCUUCCCGUGCAUGUUCUGCUUCUCGCAGUCCUUGCCGGGGACUAAAUGACCCGCCACUGCAUGAUGCUCGUGUCUUUCCCGCCUGUGGAGAUGAGGUGGCUGUCUUCACAGAGGAAAUCGACGUUGGUGACAUGGCUGCUGUGCCCGCCAUAUAUGUGGCUUGGAGCCUGGAAAAGAAUGACACGGGGGAAAGCUUACUACAAGGCAAACUACUUGGAAUUGGAAAGUGCUAG